ACCAACAAUAAUUCAAUGUGCCUUGCUUAGUAAACCGCGUCGAAUGUGUAUGAUAAAAUCGUUAUCGCGUUGUACAGGCGCAGUAUAUGCAGACACUAGAAAACACUCGCUAAAGGAUUGAAAUGGAUUUUAACGGUUAGGAAUUCUUCGAGAAAAGGAUAGCAUGCACUGUUUCAGUUCAAGAAAGUGAUUUGGGAAAAUAUGAAUACCAGUUCCCUACAGGAUAUUAUUAUUGUCUUUUUGAUUCAAUCAUGGACGCUCCCGUAGAUUUCUCAUUGGAUAGAGCACGGAUCUUAAAUGGAAAUAUUACCCCUUACAAUGGGAGUAACUUCAACGAUUCUGGGAGGUCAGCGUCUGUGGGAGGAGGAGGAGGGUGUGUUCAGGACCUCAAUCGAGGGUCUACGACCCCCUCCACCUCCGGUGACUUCCACAGAUAUUUCCACCCUGCAGGAGUUACUUUAGGCCCUCAAGGUGCAACAAUGCAUCCGAUGAUGCACAGUUACUUGGCCGGAAACACCGGGGGAAUUCCGGAUCACCUAAAAGCUUUACUUCCGGACUACUACGCACCUCACUCUGAAGGGUUACCCCGAUACAUGUUUCCCGGACCAGGGUUUAUUCCCCCAUACCUACCGUCCUACAUGUCAGCAACUGAUUCCCUGUCCCUCUUUGCACACUCUGCAGGAUCGUCACCUUAUCACAGGAUAUAUGAUCUUCAUAAAGAAGCUGCUCUUUAUCAUGGGGCAAGUCGGUCUGGAUUAUACAGUCCUCCUUCCUCUUCUACUUCAUCAUCUACUUCUGGUAGGCUAUCCACAGAUCAGGCAUUGAAUGCUUUUAAACGGGAUUCAAAAUCUGCCGAUUCCAAACGUUCUCUGGAUCUGAGUAAACAUGGUUCUCGCAAUGAAGAAACAGCAUUAUCUAAAGUUAAGUGUUCCAAAGACCAUGACAAAAAAGAUGAGCGUACGAAUAAACGUCAAUGUGAACUGUCACCGACCAGAGGUAAAAAGGCUAAAAUCCUUAAAACCUUAGAAACUGACAUCAAGAAACAAGACAAUAUUAGUCCAAAGGAAAAUUUGUCAGCUCUAGAUUCAAACUUGGCAAGCAGUGAAAUCAAAGUUACAAAUGAAGACUCUAAGAAAGUUGACAAAGAUGGUGUGUUAGUGGAUUUAUCAAUUAAAAUUCCAAAAUCGGAGAUUAUAUCCCCAAAAGCAGUGAAAACUAGUCCUACAUCUUCUGUAACAUCGUCAGAGGAAAAAUCUUCACCAAACUCCAAUAGCGACUCCAAAUUAGAUGAAGAUCAUACUGCGAUGACCACCAAGACCACAACAACGUUUUCAAUGCCGUAUUAUCAUUCGAUUUACUCUCAUUCGCAACCUGAGGGUAAUACGGAUGGAAAGAAGGUCCAUGCGCCAACAUUUACGCCGGAAAUUGUCACUUUGCCUAGUGUGGUGCCAAUUUCUUCCCUUCCUGUACAAACUAUUGCAUGCGACAUGCGAAUCAAGAAAGAAAAAACUUCCUCUUCUUACUCUUGUUGCAACCAAUCCUCUGUUGUGAUACCAAACGCGGCUCUCACUUGCCAAAUAAGCCCCAAAUCUCAGAAAACUACAGCUUCAAAACCAGUAGAGUCUCAGGAGCCGUUUAAAACUGAGUGUAAUAAACGUAAAGGAAAAGACAAAUCCACGUGUGGUAAAGAUGUUUCAUUUGAUGGUGAUGUUGACAAACAUUUGAAAAAGACGGAAGAUUAUUGUCAAAGUAAUGUUAUGCAAAGUUCAAAGAGUUCUAAUAAAGGCAAACCCAACAGUUCCAAGCUCCCGUAUAACGAAAAUAGCAAAUCUGAGCUAUGUGACGAAAUCACAGAUAUGAUAAAGAAAACAAAAAGUCAACCAUCGGAGACACUUUGUGAGAAAUUGUCUAUCAAACCUAAAAGGAAAUUAGUAACUUCAUGUAUAACACCAAAAGAACACAACACAGAAACUCCAAACGAUUCUGAGCCAGACGACCAGAAAGACAGCACUGGAUCUGUGGCUGUUAACUUAGUCAAGGAAAAAUCUUCUGACGCUAGCGUGACAAGAGCAGAAAAUCAGAACACUGAUAGUAAUGUACAAGAUAAUGUUGUAUCUGAUGUGCCUUCCAAAAAGAAAACUGGAAAACAGUCGGGGAAAAGACAUUCUGGAAAAUUGAAAUCAAGUCUAGAGGAUGGAACAGGAAUGAGUAAUAUACCUAUUGGGAUAGCAGUGGCUCAGAAACGGGAGGACAAAAAGACGAACAAACCAGAAACAUUAGUGGAAACUUCAUUUAACAAUGGUGCAGGGAAUGAGACAAUUGCGCGUAAUGGAGAAUGUGUACAAAUAGUAUCCAGUCAACGGACACUGUCUAAAUCUAGCACCCCAAGUUCAUCAAUUAAUGAUAUGCGCAAUCAGCUUCCUGCAAACCUGAUUGUAACAGGUUCUGCAAACGGGACAGGGGUAGCUUGGGCAGAUGAUCCUUCGGCAAGGCAUUUUACGUCACCAUGGCUUCAGUCUGGGCAUUCUACACUUGGUCAGUCACCAUGGCUUUCACAACUUCCAGCCUACAAUCUUAAUACAAGCAUACCAACAACUACCAACUCGAUAGAAGGCAACCAGCUUCCUUUGUCGAUUCCUCCAGGCUAUAAACUAAUACAGGAUUCAGUUGGACAGCUCCUCCUAAUACCGUCAACAAAUCUUAGUGAUAUGUAUGACCCUCAUCGCUUGUGGGCCUUUCCCGGCAGUCAUACACCUCAGAUACAGCAAAUAUUUACCGCUCAACAAGCUCCUUUGCAACCACAGGUUAUAGGAAGCACAGCAGACUCACUAGGAGUCUCCUACUCCCAAGCGUUUCAGACAAUGUACCAACCACGAGGCGAUCAAAUCAAUGACAAGAAAAAUGUUCCCAUUCUGCCUUCAAAAGUUGAUGAUGAGGUGUUAGAGAAAGAUUCUCCAAAAGUAAAAAAAGAAAUACCUACAAAUGUUGACCUAGAAAAAGACAAAACAGAAGCUGUAAAAGAAGAAGUACCUGCUGCUAAAGUACGGCCUACUUCAAAUCAAGUAGCUUUUCCUCCAGCGUUCAAUACAGCGGCAGUGGCCGAUGCUCCAUGCACCUUAAGUGUGGUGCAGGCUGUCAAAGCAGUGACGUCAUUGGUCCAGUCACGCGGCACGUCACCUAUGAUUCCUGGAAAUGAAUGCGAGGACACCCCUCAGGAUAAUAUUGAAGAUGUGCAUCAGAAUAAUGAACUAUCUUUAAUGCAGCCCCCUACUGUGUGCUCGAAAGGAGUCACAGCUGUACAAACAGAAAGCAUUCAAAAAUUACCCGAAACUGAUUCCAAAUCUAAGACUAAAAAAGUGGCCUCCGUAAUGACUUGCUCUGCCGACAACGUUGGUAGCCAUCAGGCUAGUGUUUCCCUCCCCACCACGACUGUCAUAGGAGACGUGACAAUUGUAGAAAUGACACCUGACACAAAAUCUCAAUUACAUAAAAUCUCAACAAAUAAUGACCAAGAUAAAAAAGAGACUAACUCUGAUAUAAUGCCACGUAAAGCUGAACAGGAUAAUGGCAAUUACAAUCCCUUUUUAGAUCCUCAAAUUCUUCAAGCAGCUGAUGGAUUAGAACUUUUAAGUGCCUUGGCCGAACAACGGGCAAAAUUUGCCUCCCCUGAAAAUGAAGAAACUCAAUCUAAGCAGACGGAUGCAAAAGAUCAAACAGAAUCAAAAACUCCUACAAAAACAAACACGAAAGAUACAACUAAAACAAAAAGUGUGGAAAAAAAGGAACCAAAACCAGCGGCAAAACAAGUGCGAAAAAAGUCAAUCAGCAGGACAAGAUCCCUUCCACCUGCCAAGACAGACUGUAAAACUGAGGGAGGCAGUUAUUACACAUCUUCUGGUCUUCGGAUCCCUCAAGAUCUGGGUUCUUUUCUUGAAAUAGGAGAUGACGAAAUUAAUGCUAUAGAACUAGAUAUGAGAAUCCGUCUGGCGGAACUUCAAAGGCUUUACAAAGAAAAACAAAAGCUUUACGCAAAACUCCAACCAAAGAAAAGCGAAAAGGAAAAAGAUCGUGUUGAUGAUAAACAGCGGGGGCCAGGUCGGCCGAGAAAGAGACAACACCAUUCUGGCUCUUCCAACGACAACGUCAACUCUGGCGAAAAGACCAAAAUAAAGGAACCCCCGGUAAAGAAGAAAAAGCAAGCAGAAGAAUUGGUGGAUAGAGUGUUUAGGAAAACAGGUGGUGGAUUUGGGAUGCCACUUAGUAAAAAGCUGAAGGCUAACGCCAUGGCAGCGCUUUUUAAGACUCAAUCUGGGUUUACGAUGAAACGGAAAGGCAGUACAUCUGGUAGUCACGCUGCCGAGAACCAGGACAAACACUUCCACUUUGGGGACUCCGGAUUUGCUACAUCCUCAAAUAAGACAUUGGAAUUCAAAGUGAAAAAGAAGCAUUUAAAAACGGAAGAGUCAAAACUUAAAUCAACGAAGAAAUCAUUUCAGAAACAUAAUCUAUUUGGCUCCGCAAUGAAAAUGUUCAAAAAGAUAAAAAAGUCUAGUUCACAUUCCCAUGAGAAGGAGAAACAUAAGCACAAAUACCAAGAUGGCUUAUCUAUGCUUGCAAAUUAUGCCGUCAGUCAUCAAAAAGAUCACGAGAGAUCAUCCUUCCGUGAUCUCCAUGAGAACUCCAAUACGUCACACAAAAAGCAGAAGGACAAGAAAAGGCGGGAAGAAAAACGCGAUCAAGAUCAGAAGGAGAGCAGACGUGAUGAAAAGGACUUGUUCGCCGUCGGAAAGCACGAAGAUGAAGAUGGUGAUGAUGAAGAAGAGGAAGAAGAAGAAGAAAAUUCAAGAACGGAGGAUCGAUCAAACUUUUGUAAGACCGAGCAUGGUGUUCAAAGCGCUUUGGAGAGCAAGGACAUACUUACUAAACUGCAUGAAUCUACUAACAAUGAAUCAAAAGAUUCCGAGAAAACGAGCAAGAAUGAAAAUCAAAGCCCUGCUAAUAGCGGCAACAAGAAGAGAAAACCGGGAAGACCUCGAAAAUGCACCCCAGAUCAAUCCGAAAAUGGAACUGAAACAAUAGUUGCCAAGACAGCCAAAAAUUUCAGACUUUUUCAACUUCAAAAUUUCCACGAACAAGAAAAAGACAAAGAAAAGAAGAUAAAGCUGGAAAACCAGGAGACAUUGAAACCAAUAUAUUUGGACGAGGAGUGGCUCAGAAGGCGGAGUGAGCGUAUCUUUUUAAGUGAUCCUAGUCCUCAGCCAUCACCAAUUUACACGCCGUUAACACAACAGCAGAUCAAGCCAACCGGUCAACAGCAGACGACCGCAACACCAAAAAUUACAAAAGUUGCUAAACCUCACACCAAUCAGGCUAAAUUACAAAAGGCUAAAAGUAUUAAAGAACUUACCGACAAAGUCAAAAAGAAAUACUCGAAGACCUUACAGAAGUCUUGUGACAGAUCAGAAAAAAGGCCACUACACAAAAAGCAGCCAAAAUCGAAGGCUUUUAUUGACACUGACAGCAGCGAGAGCGAGAGUGAUGCUGACAAUAUACCACUCAGCGUGCUCCGUGAUCGCCCACACACGCCAGAGCCGAAGACGUGCACCAUUGACAAGGAUGAGCUGGUUGACGGGUUACGGGUCCUUGUUUUUAAAGACGGGCUCUUCUACGAAGGGGCCGUCAAGGGGAUCCGUCCCCCGGACGUUUACGGGGUCAUCAUAGAUAAUGCACGGGGAAACAGGCCGUACAUAUACUCCCAAGAGGAAAUUCUGAAGGAAGCGAUUUUGGACGUACGGCCACAAUCGUCUAAGGUACUUAAGGAAGGCACCAGAAUAUGUGCUUAUUGGAGUCAACAGUUUAGCUGUCUUUAUCCAGGAACAAUCUCAAAAGCUAGUCCCAACCCCCACUCUGAUAAAUCCUGUAUAAACGUCGAGUUUGAUGACGGAGACUCGGGAAGAAUUCCACUGGAUCACAUAAGAAUGUUACCACGUGAUUACCCAGUAGUUUCCUACGACCCUAACCCAUUAUUGCUGAUUGGAAAACGAAGAAGACACACUACAUCUGAAAGUGUCGAAUCUUCUACAACCAAAGUAUCCGAGAGAUCCGAAAGUACAGAGUCAAAGCCAGCACAGAAACGAGGCCCUGGGCGGCCCCCAAAAGCGAAACCCGACAAAAAGGAGGACGAAGAAUGUGAUAUUGAUGUGUGCGGUCUUGAUGAUGACAUCAAUGACGUUUUUUCAUCGUCGUCUGCUAACAGCAAUCAAAGAAACGAUUCUCAAUCAAACAAUUUCAAUGACGAACGAAAAUCAGACAAAAGCAAAACAGAAAAAGCCAAGAAAGAAAAAGUAAAGGAUUCAGCGAAAAGCAAUCAAGACCAAGGUAAAAAUUAUUUUUCUCACAAUAUUGGGAAGCUGGAAAAAGUGCCCUCUAUCGAUAAAAGACAGUUUCACACGACCGCUCACUCCUCUGUGUCUCGAGGCGACGAAAGUGACGUAAUAAAGGAACCUAGUGCGCAUACUCGAGAUGCAAAUACUUUUGAUGGUACUGAACGAGAUAAAAAUCUCUUAACAUCAAUCCGCAUCUCGAAUAGAUCUAGUAUAAUUGAGCCCAGGGCGGCAGCAUUUGUGCCUGCCAGACAAUUGUGGGAGUGGUCUGGAAAGAGUACGAAGAGACCUGGGAUGAAGGGAAAGGCCAAGAAGGAAUUUUAUCGGUCAAUCAUCAGGGGGAAGGAACAUAUCUCGGUUGGCGAUUGUGCUGUGUUUCUAUCGACCGGCCGCCCUCAUCUUCCGUAUGUGGGCAGAAUUGACAGUAUGUGGGAGGCGUGGGGAGGUCAAAUGGUAGUCAAGGUCAAAUGGUUUUAUCACCCUGAGGAAACUAGGGGCGGAAAGAAACUACAUGACAUGAAGGGAGCGUUGUUUCAAUCACCACAUAUUGACGAAAACGACGUUCAGACAAUAUCACACAAAUGUGAAGUGCUCUCUUACACGGAAUACGGUAAAACGCAGAGACCUGAUUCUCACGUGACUAAAGAAACAGACGUUUAUUAUUUGGCGGGAACUUAUGAGCCCACGAUUGGACUGCUAAAAUUUGAAAAAGACGUGAUGUGAUGUAAUCUCUACAACGUGUUGGUGUAUUAUAUGAUACAAAGAAACUGAAGACAAUGUAAAAAAAAAAUUGUUGACGUAUACAUGUAUAUGUAGUUGUUUUUUUAACUGUGAUAUAAAAAAAAUAAUGUUUGUUCAUGAACAUAAAUAUUCUUCAAUAGAAUUGAAAGUAGCUGAAAUUUUACUGAAAAGAACAAGAUCAUCCAAAGACCAAAGGUUAUAUUUGUAUUUUGAAGUAUGAAAACUGAAACGAUUUCAUCUAGGUACUAUCCCGCUAAAGUACCUACAAUAUGUCUAGUUAUUCCAUCCGUAAUAUAUAUACAAGAUAUGAAAGUUAUUUUACUGGCUUUUGAUACAUAUUUUAGAGUUUGCAUUUUUCAAUUUUUCCAUUCGUAUAUAUAUAUAUAAUAUACUCUGCAUUUAUUAUUCCAAGUUACUUUGAAACCAUAAGAACUCUGUAAGUGCUAAAGUGCUAUUACGCAUCCAUGAUGUUAAUGCAAUUGUUAUAUGAUUUAUACAACUGUUACUAUUUUUAGCUACAACAUUGUACAUACUAUGGCAGAAAGGUGCUUCAAAUAAUAUUACUGAAUAUUUUAAUUUUUAAUCUCCAAUGAUAGUUAUUAUGAAUAAAUAAGUAUCUUCGGGGUUUUUUUUAGAUAAUUUCCGCAUUUUUUUUAGAUAUAUAUAUAUGUGUAUUUUUUUCCAUUUUAUGUUUAUAAUCAAUUUUGGACGCAAAAUUGCGACUAAGCUAUCAUAUGGAUUUAUGUUUCCCUAUUAAAGCUUACAUUUUGUGUUCACUCAUAUUCCAAUCAUAUUUUUGCUUAUUUUGUUGCCUGUUCUCUGUUUUGCGUCCGAAUAUAACCCUCCCCCCAUUUUUAUGCAGCUACCACAGUUGUCGCGCGCUAAACUAAAUCCAUGCAUUACCUAAUAUUGUGUACAUACUUAUACUGCAUAUAUAUAAGUGCAAUAGCGAUGCUUUUGAGAAAAGUUUACUUGAUAAAACAUGGUUGCACGAUGAGUCUUUCAUGAAUGUUGCGUUCAAGCCUCAUAUCAAAAAUUUGGUGCAAAAGGAAUUAAAAUCACUUGAAACAUGUUUUAAAACUGUUUGCAGAUCUAUGUGUAUUGGAUGGGAAGGGGUUGGGGGUAGUCGAAAAAAAUUCAUAUUGCUAUAGAAUAUAUCAAAUUUGAUAUGAGGCUUGAAAUUAAAAUAUUUGUUGAUAUGUUACAAUAAAAGUUGAAAAAAAAAAAUUAUCAAACAAGAAUCCAUCUUAAGAAGGUAUUACAUUUUUUUUAAUUAAAAAAGUGGAUAUGAAUGUAGAUAAUUUGUUUUUAGCUUUUAACUGUAUAAAAAUACAAUGGUUGUUAUCUGUGUGUUUGAUCAUGAGAUGUGUGUUUUGUCAAAAAAGUGAGUUGUUUUGAGAUGAGCAAAGUAAGACCGUAUGAGAGAAAGGGAGAGUGUGUUUGAGAGUAAAUUGCUUAUGAGAAGAAGAGUGAAUCUCUUUAAAAAUCUUAUAUUUUUAACUGCAGUCAGACAGUGUCUCAAAUAAACAAACUACAGCACUAA